UCAAUAUUUAUAUGGAACAAUUUAUGAACCAAAAUUUGAUUCAGAUUACGAUUUCACUACACCAUUAAUUUCAUACAAAGAUGAAUUACUUGAAAUAUUUAGUUCAGCGUUAUUAUCAAUUAAUGAAUAUAAUGAAUUAAGAUCGAUCGGAGUAAAUGGUAUAUAUAAUAUGAUAUUGUUAGAUAAAUUUCUAUCAGAUGAUGAAAUAUCAAUCCUAUUGCAGUAUUAUAAUCAAAUUAUUUUAAAUGAACUUGAUCAAGAACUAUU